AUGGUAUACACAGCGUCAUUUGCCUUCUUCGAGGCGUUGUGGGAGGCUGGCGUACGAAAUGUCUUUGUCAAUCUGGGAUCGGACCAUCCAUCCAUCAUCGAGGCCAUUGUCAAGGGCCAGAAUGAGAAGAAGGGCCAGUUCCCCAAGGUAGUGACAUGUCCGAACGAGAUGGUUGCCCUGUCCAUGGCAGACGGCUACGCUCGAUUCUCCGGCCAACCGCAAUGCGUGAUUGUGCACGUCGACGUUGGAACCCAGGGUCUCGGAGCGGCCGUCCACAACGCCUCGUGCGGACGAGCGCCAGUGCUCAUCUUCGCUGGCCUGUCGCCGUACACGAUCGAGGGCGAGAUGCGUGGAAGCAGGACAGAGUACAUCCACUGGAUCCAGGACGUGCCCGACCAGAAGCAGAUUGUAGCCCAGUACUGUCGAUACACGGGCGAGAUCAAGACGGGCAAGAACGUCAAGCAGAUGGUCAACCGAGCGCUGUCUUUCGCCAUGAGCGACCCCAAGGGCCCUGUCUACCUGUACGGAGCUCGCGAGCCCAUGGAGGAGGACCUGACCCCCUACCAGCUCCAGCUCGACUACUGGCGUCCUGUCGAACCCUCGGCGCUCCCCCCUAGUGGAGUGAAGAAGAUUGCAGAAGCACUGGUCAAUGCACAGGAACCGCUCGUCAUCGCGGGCUACACAGGUCGCAACCACGCUGCCGUGCAAGAGCUGGUCAACCUGGCAGACAACAUCAAGGGCCUGAGGGUCCUCGACACAGGCGGCAGCGACAUGUGCUUCCCCGCGAACCACCCAGCCUGGCUCGGAACGCGGUACGGCAACGACCCCAGCAUCGAGACGGCGGACGUGAUUCUCGUCAUGGACUGCGACGUACCCUGGAUCAACACGCAGUGCCACCCCAACGCCACAGCCAAGAUCUUCCACGUCGACGUCGACCCGCUGAAGCAGCAGAUGCCCGUCUUCUACCUCAACGCCAUCCACCGCUACCGCGCAGACUCGUACACGUCGCUGUCGCAGCUAAACAGCCACCUGGAAGCCACGUUCAAGGACAAGCUCUCCAGCGAGCUCUUCGCGUCGCGCUGGUCCGGCUUGCAAGCCUCGCACAAGGCGAAACUCGAAACCAUCGCCAGCGAAGCCAAGGCAGACUCUCGGAACCACUUCGGCACUUCCUACCUCUGCGCGCAACUGAAAGCCCUCUGCCCAAACGACACCGUCUGGGCCAUCGAAGCCGUGACGCAAACGGGCCUAGUAGCCGACCAAAUCCAGGCCACCCUGCCCGGCACCUGGCUGAACUGCGGCGGCGGCGGGCUCGGGUGGUCUGGCGGCGGGGCCCUGGGCAUAAAACUCGCAGCCGACACGGUGGGCAGCAAGCAGUUCGUGUGCCAGAUCGUCGGGGACGGAACCUACCUCUUCUCCGUGCCCGGGUCCGUGUACUGGAUCGCGCAGCGCUACCGCAUCCCGAUCCUGACCAUUGUGCUGAACAACAAAGGAUGGAACGCGCCGCGGCGCAGCCUGCUCCUCGUGCACCCCGACGGCGCGGGGAGUCGGGCUACGAACGAGGAGCUGAACAUCAGCUUCGCGCCGACGCCGGACUACUCUGGCAUUGCGAAGGCGGCGUCCGGCGGCGAGAUUUGGGCGGCCCACGCGAGUACGGCCGAGGAGCUGGCGAGGCUGCUGCCACAGGCGAUCGAGAGCGUGCUUGCGGGGACGUCGGCGGUGCUGGAUGCGCAUCUCGAGGGACCAGAGGGCAAGUACGGCGGCGCGAAGGGGAGGUUGGGCUAG